GGAAACUCAUCUGCCCCGAGAGAGAUGGCGGGGAUCUGCCGGAGGAGCCGCGCAGCUAAGAAACAGCCAGUCAACAGAAGUCACCUUGUGUCUCCUUCAAAAUCACUAAUCCUGUCAUGUGGACAGAUGAUCAUUGCAUAUAAAGAGAAGAAACUCAAUGAGAUUGUUGUCGUAACCUUGUCUGGACGUUAUCUGAAAAACCUGGGCAGCUUGCCUCAUUGCUCUGCUCUGAAGGUUUGCAACCUGUCCAGGAAUUACAUCACUAAAAUUGAUGCUCUCGCAGGAUGUCCCAAUUUAAUCAAGCUGGAUCUCCAUGGAAACCAUAUCGCGCAUCUCCCAGAUGAAGACUUUUGGUCUGAAAUGAAGUUUCUGCAGAUCCUUUUUCUUCAUGGUAACCUCAUUGGGCCCUUGCGUAGUGUUGAGCCCCUGUUUUCCUGCCCAGACCUCAUCGUUCUAACUCUGUUUGACACCCCAGUCAGUCUGGUUCCAAAAUAUCGGCAUCAUGUUGUCAACAGCAUUUUGUCUCUCAAAGCCUUGGAUCACUUUGUCAUCUCAGAUGAGGAGAUCAUUGAAGAUUGGCCAAAAUCUGAAGAAUUCAAAGCUUUAAGUCCUUAUUUCUUUAUUGACCUCCCAUUGUGUUCACAGAUCUCGACUUGGUGUACUGAGUUGAGAUGGAUUAGGAGUCUGCUGUCUACCAUCAACAACAUCCUUGCCCAUCGCUCUCCAGUGCUGAUCAUUCAACGAUGGUUCCGUGGAUUCUUGGUCAGAAAGAAGCUGGGAAUUGUACCGAUUCCAUGUAAAGAACACCGUUUCCCACUUCUGGAUCUCCACGGAGAACUAUGCAGUGAGGGUAUUCAUGUGCUGCAGGAUGGCAGUUUGUGUGUAACAGGCAGCGGAGGUAAGGAGGAUGGCCAACACAACAUUGUCCAGUUACAGAUAGAUAUAAACAAGCUGGAUAUUGCUCUACUGGAGGAUCGGUGUGAAGCCAACGAAAUAACCUCUGGCAUUUACCCAAGUAUUGCACGGUGGAACAGAUGGAACUCUCCAAACCUUAAGUCAAAUAAAAGCAGCAUUUUAAGACGUAGAUUCCUGAGAAAGCCAGAUUUUGCCCCUCAACCAGGGAUAUUUGUACUGGAGUCUUUGACAAAUGAAGAGAAAAAACAGGAGAUUGAUAAAGAAGGCAAGGAAAAGGCUUACGAAGAUGCCAGUGGGAGCAUGAAGCCUUUUCGAGUGAUCCACCAACCAGAUGCUGUACGUGAAAUGCUGCUCUCUCGUUUGGCAUCUGGUGCAGAUGUCCGUCAAGGCAUUCAGAAGAUCCAUGAGAUGCUACGGAACAAACCACAGCGCAAAUUUACCUACCGGCCACCAAUAGGCCUGGACAUGAGGCUGUAUGCCAAAACCCGUGGCAGCAUCUCGCUGGCUCCAUUCGUGGCCAUUCAGAAAGCUUAUAGCAAGAGAGAGAAAGAAAUGAAGCAUCAGCUACUUAUUGAUGAGACCCGCAAGCUGAAAGCAGCUGAAGACCAAUUGAGGAGCAACCUUCUCCUGAAGACCCUCAAUAAAAGUUACGAGCCCCUCCAACAAUAUGAGCAGGAUCAGAUGCGAGGGGAACAGAUCCUACUGCGACGCAAUCUAGAUGAAGCAGAGUUGUUGGCAUUCAUUCGCCACAACAACUAUCUGUUCCUCACUGAGAAGCGUCGCCUAGAAUUGGAGCACCAGUUAGUCACAAAAUUUAACUGCAGCUACACCAUGUUGUCAGAGUCUGAGCUGAAACGUCAGAUCAAGGAAAAGAAUGAAAAUGUCCGACAACAGAAAGUUAACUUGACACAGGGCAUCAAGAAGAAAGCAAACCAGCUGAAGAAAGAAAUCAGAGACUUCAUGACGUACCAGUGAGGUCACAGCCAUCAUCUCAUAAUGCCCAUGAAUCUAUCUCAAAGAGCUUGUUGAGACAAAUUGUCAAUUGCUUCCAGUUUACUUUGGAAGCC